AUGCUCUUCACCAUUCGCAACGUGAUUUUACGGCAGAACCAAUCAGUUGCAGUCCGCGCUGCGAUCUCUUACAUCGCGUCCAAGACACCUUCUACAACACUCGCUAACAAGCGUCAAGCGGGUUCCUUUUCUACCGUUAUCCCAGAUAAAAACGUUCAAGAUCAUGCCAUGUCGCAGCCUGGCUUCGCCAUCAUGCGCACACCCACCACCAAUAAGGGACAAGCCUUCACCAAGGAAGAGCGAGCGGCGUUCAAGCUCCACGGACUUUUGCCCGUUGCGGUCACCUCUAUCGAGAUCGAGACGGAGCGUGCUAUGAAGCAGUUGCGUCACAAAAGCACGCCUCUUGAAAAAUACAUAUUUUUGCAAAACAUGCAGGACACCAACGAGGAUGUGUACUACCGAAUGCUUACGGAGAAUAUUGUCGAGCUCCUGCCGAUAGUGUACACGCCCACAGUCGGUCAAGCUUGCCAGGAGUUCAGCCAUAUAUAUCAUCAGACACCUCGAGGGUUGUACAUCUCCAUCAACGACAUCGGUCACGUAGCCGAGAUCCUGGACAACUGGCCGGAGAAGGACAUUCGCGCCAUUUGUUUCACGGACGGCGAGCGCAUUCUUGGUCUGGGCGACCAAGGCGCUAAUGGCAUGGGUAUUCCUGUUGGCAAACUGGCGCUGUACACGGUGUGCGCCGGUGUGCCGCCCCAGAUGUGUCUGCCUGUUGUACUUGACUGUGGUACGAACAAUGAGGAGUGCCUGGUCGACCCCUUUUACAUUGGUCUGCGCCAGAAGCGUGUGCGCGGUGAGCUGUUUGAGAAGCUUGUGGAGGAGUUCAUGGAUGCCGCGAAGGCCAAAUACGGCACCAGCGUGCUAUUGCAGUUCGAAGACUUUGGCAACUCGACCGCCUUCAAUCUACUACGCAAGUACCAGAACUCUCACUGCACGUUCAAUGACGACAUCCAAGGUACGGCCUCAGUGGUUCUUGCCGGUCUGCUUGCUGCCGUUCCGAUAACAGGCAAACCGAUCUCAAAGCAAAAGUUCGUCUUCCUGGGCGCUGGCACUGCUGGUACGGGAAUUGCCGACCUUAUCUCUCUGGCCAUUUCUCGUGAGACCGGCAAGAAAGUGGAAGAAUCCCGCAAGCAGAUAUGGUUGGUGGACUCUCGUGGCCUGAUUGUCAAAUCUCGAACGAAUUCACUUCAGCCACACAAGCUGCCGUACGCGCAUGAUGCCCCGGAGUGCGGAAAUCUUGUUGAGGCUCUCGACCGUAUACAGCCCACAGCCCUUAUGCACCCAAUUAUCUUCGCGCUGAGCAAUCCUACGUCCAAGGCCGAAUGCACAGCGAAAGAGGCUUACACAUUCACGAAUGGCAAGUGUAUUUUUGCCAGUGGUAGUCCGUUCGACCCCGUAGAGAUCAACGGUAAGCUUUACGUUCCUGGCCAAGGUAACAACUCCUACAUUUUUCCAGGUGUUGGUUUGGGCGUCGUCGCCUCUCGCCUGACUCACGUGGACGAUGAGAUUAUGAUCAUUGCUGCCAAAACCUUAGCCAGUCUAACCACUCCCGCUGACUUAGAGACUCGUUGUGUCUACCCGCCGAUAUCCAGCAUCCGGGAUGUAUCGCUAAAGAUUGCGGAAGCUGUCGCGGAAUAUGGUUUCCAGCAAGGCUUUUCUACUAUAUCAAAGCCGGAGAACAUAAUGCAGUACCUGCGAGACUUCAUUUACAACCCAUAG